GAAGUAUUACGGCUUGGCUGCUCUAGCACGAAUAGGCAACAAGCUUGGCCAGGAUUCUUCUUUCGAUUGGGGCAUCUGCCACUGCAUAAAAACCCCAGAGUUUCGUGCCAGUUCCCGGACGGCGGAAUCGAGCGUCAGCAGACGCUGGCGGCAGAAUGUGCAGCUUCUCGAAUGGAAUAGGCUGACUUACUCAGGCGCAGUUGUGCUUGUCGUCUUUUGGCUACAUAACUGGGCGCAAAAGCAGCACACUCGAUAUCCUCUCCCAGCGACUCUCCUCAACCAUGGCCAGCAACCAAGCGUCUCACACCGAUAUCAAAGACUAUAGCCCCUCCGUCUUCAGCCAAGACACACUCGUCGCCUCCGACACCAACUCCCUGCACCCGCUCAUCCGCAACGCCGAAAGCACCACCGACCAACCGCUCCGAGGCACCGAGCCCCAGCCCGCCCGCUCCGACAACUACCACUACGUCUCUACGCGCGUCGUAAAGGAAAUACCCAAGGCCAAGACGCCUUCUGAUCCGAAUAGCGCCUUGAGCAAGUUCAAGAGGAUGCUGAAGCCUCCUGCUGUGGGGGCGGUUGAGGCCCUGCCUACCCACGAGGGGAAGUCGUAUCAUGUUGACGAGGAGGGACGGAUUAUUGAGACUACGGUUCGGAGAGCAGGUGAGUGUUGCGAAAUGCUGUUCGGCGUUGGAGCUUGCGCUAUGCUAAUAUGGUGAUCUCUCAGGUACAUCGCGGAACGUCUUUGCUAAUGGCGAUGCUGGUGGUGGCGGGGGAUCCUGAAGUUGACUUGAGGAGCGGACGGGACGUAAUUUCACAGGCU